GGCCGUGAAGGGGGCGCGAGUCGUUGAGGCCUCGUGCAGGUGAGAAGCGACAUGUCGGACUGGGAAGAAGACCCAGCCCUCCAGAGACCGCAGCCCAGACCGCCCUGCCAGGACCGGCCACGGGAACGGGUGUCCCACGGUGAGAGGGACGGAUCCAGGUUCGGAGGCCCCCGGCCCGGAGGCACCAGGGAAUGGAGAUCCGAGCGACGCGACGAGCACCGAAUCCAGGAGGGUGGACGUGAGGGCCGCCCUUUCUCCCCGGGCACGGACUUCGGAGGAACCCGGGAGAGACGGGGCGGUGUAAGGUCGGACUUCAACCCGCCUGUGACCCUCACCGUGGAAAACGCUUCUAUCGGGAGAAUAAUAGGUCGCGGAGGAGCCAAAAUCCGUGAACUUGAAGAAUGCUCCGGAGCCAGCAUCAAGAUCAACCGGGGGGAUUAUGAUGGGGAGGUGCUCAUCUUCGGCUCCUCUGCUGCCCAGGAGAAGGCCAAGGAGAUGAUUGAACACUUGUUGACAGAAGGCAACUCUAGAUUUUGCAACGAGGCUGACAAGGCAGGAGGCCAUGGAGGAGUAAGUAAUGGCUCAGUCUGGUCUCCUGACCAGUUAAAGGCUUCCAGGGACACUCCACCCAGAGCAUCCAUAGAUUGGAACGCCAUCCGGGAGAACAAGGACAAGUAUGAAGAGAUCAAGUGGCAGGACCUCCCACCCAUGAAGAAGAACUUUUACACGGAGGCCGAGAGUGUAUCCAAGCUGCUGGCAGAGGACGUCUGUGAAUGGAGGAAAGAGAAUAACAACAUCUUUGUGGACGACCUGAAGGAGGACGGGGAGAAGCGACCCAUUCCUUAUCCCUGCCGCACCUUCCUGGAGGCGUUUGAACCUUAUCCAGAGAUCAUGGAAAAUAUUGACCGAGUGGGCUUCGUCAAACCGACCCCCAUCCAGUCUCAGGCGUGGCCCGUGUUGAUGAGCGGAGAGGACCUGAUAGCCAUAGCUCAGACAGGAACCGGGAAAACUCUGGCUUACCUGCUGCCAGGGUUCAUCCAUAUGGACGGGCAGUUUGUACCAAGCGCCGAUCGCAGGGGUCCUGGCAUGUUGGUGCUGACUCCCACCAGAGAGCUGGCCCUGCAGAUCGAAACGGAGUGCAACAAGUACAGCUAUAAAGGCUACAAAAGUAUCUGCAUCUAUGGUGGAGGGGAUAGAAGAGGCCAGAUCAACCUGGUGAGGCACGGAGUGGACAUAGUCAUCGCCACGCCAGGACGACUACACGAUCUACAGAUGAACGAGCUCAUCAAUCUGCGCUCCAUCACCUACCUGGUGCUGGACGAGGCCGACCGAAUGCUGGACAUGGGCUUCGAACCUCAGAUAAUGAAGAUUCUCCUGGACAUCCGCCCAGACCGACAGACUGUCAUGACCAGUGCCACCUGGCCCACUGGUGUGAGACGACUGUCCAAGUCCUACUUAAAGAAUCCCAUGAUGGUUUACGUCGGCACCCUGGACCUAGCGGCGGUUAACACGGUGGAGCAAACCGUGCUGAUCGUCCACGAAGAAGAGAAAAAGUCCUACGUGUUUGACUUCAUCAGAGAUAUGCUGCCGGAGGAUAAAGUCCUCAUCUUUGUUGGCAAGAAGCUCAUGUGUGAUGACCUGUCCAGCGACAUGUGUCUGCAGGGUCUGGCCGUGCAGAGUCUCCAUGGCGGCCGUGACCAGUGUGACCGCGAAGAAGCUCUCAAGGACUUUAAAGAUAGUCGAGUUCGUAUCCUGGUCGCCACCGACCUGGCAUCCAGGGGGUUGGACGUCAUCGACAUAACACACGUCUUUAACUUUGACUUUCCACGUAACAUAGAGGAGUAUGUGCAUCGUGUGGGCCGCACUGGCCGAGCUGGACGCUCGGGCGCUGCCAUUACCCUGAUAACAAGAGACAACUGGAGGAUGGCCCCUGAACUGAUUCACAUCCUGGAGCGAGCCGGACAGGAGGUCCCUGAGGAGCUGGUGCUCAUGGCAGAGAGGUACGAGAAGCACAAGAGGGAGAAGGAGCUGGACGGUCCAAGGGGGGGACAGGGAGGCGGGAGGGGGAGAGAAGGUGGAGGAUGGGGAGGGGGUGGUGGUGGGAGAGAAGGCGGAGGGGGGGGAGGAUGGGGAGGGGGCCGGGGAGGGAGAGGAGGCAAAGAUCAAAACCAAAACUGGGGUUUCUAA